AUGAACCAAGCAAUAGAUUCUCAGGAAGAUGAGAAUAAGAAGGGUGAAAAUAAGCGUGAGACCUUCAAGCAGUCGGUCAAGCGUCGCCUCUUCCAAAUCUACUUUGAGUUGAUGCGCGAGAGAAACAUAGACUUUAUCUUUGCCGCAGUUGUGCUAGUUAUCAGCUUCAUUCAAAUAUACGGGCUGUUAUAUAACACAAAGAUUAACUUCCCCUUCAAAGAUGAUCUAUAUUCAACCAUAUGUUAGCUGUGCGAUUUGAUUAGAAUCUAUCCAAUGCUUGAGGGGGCAAUGCCUGUCUAUUUCUGGAUUGUGGCUUACACUCUGAUCUUCAUCUUGAUAAUCUACAUAGCGUAAUUGUUUUACAUUGACUACAGCAUUAAAAUCGAGAAGUUCUACUUCAUUUUCCCUAUAAAGAUCAUGCGCUACUGCUCCAGUUUCAUCUUCUGGGUGCUCAUGAUGCCGAUCAUUGAGAUCUUUAUCUCUAUUUUCUCAUGCGAGAACGGCUUCCAUGUAGUUGACGAUAGCCUUGAGUGCUGGAGUGGUAUUCAUAUAUUCUAUUGCAUUCUAUUCUCACUUUCACUUAUGGGCUACGUUGUGGUGUUUAUGUUAAUUUCAUUCUUCUACAACGAGUCAAGGCCAUAUCACACAGAUGCCUUUGCAAGACUUGACACUAACUUCGAAACUUACAUGACUCUGUAUAAAAUACUUAUUGCUAUUGUGGGGCACUUUUUGUACUAAGAAAGACUGCAUUGGCUUAUUAUUACAAUUCAUAUUGGGGGUUCUAUCAAUUUCUGUAAAAUGUAUUUGAAAUAUCUACCUUACUACAACUAAAGAACAUCAGUUCUGUUCGGCUCUUGCUGGUUUGCCUAUCUAUGGAUUUCUUUGAAUAUCCUUUUAACUAAAGCACUUGAGACAGUUGACUAUUAGGGUUAAACUAUUGUCAUUAUAGUUGGAUUAGUUCUUAUCUAUCCAGCCACUAGACAGAUAAGAGAUAGCAAAAUUCAGAAAAAGAUCUUUAACAAGAAGCAUGACAAGAUCAAGAGCGAGUAUGAGCUGGACAUUUUUAUUCACAAACUUUAUCGACUAAUUAUUGAUUAGCAUGUCAAUGAAGUGGAUGAAAUGAUUCUAUUGGGGCUGGUACACAACCAUCAAAGUGAGUGUCUAAAUAAUGAAUGUCCUCUGAAUAAUGCUGAGGAGCUCUAUCUUCCUUUAACUGAUAGUUAGAGUGACAGAAGAGCUAUUUUUUCGAAGGACCCUAUCUUACUUUAUCACUUGAUUAAUUCUAUUUAUGCUGAAUAUGCUAAGAGUUCAAACAGCACUGCGGUGCUUCAUACAACUUAUGCUUAUUUCUUAUUCUAUUAGAUUGGAAAUAUCCACACUGCAUUAUUAGAACUUAAUGUGGCCGAGAAGUGCGAUACAAACUAUUAGUAGAAAUUCACUGUAUAUAGAGCCAAGCGCUUUAUCGAGAAUUAUUUGGUCAACAAAUUCGGUAAAAACAAAGACAUGGCUGGCAAGCAAACAUUUGCUGAACUAGAUGUAACUAUAGUCAUCACUUUCGAAAGUCUGUAUGCGAAACUUAACAAAGAGAUAGAAAAAUCAGCAAAUGACCAUAUAGAGUUCUGGUCUCAUCUUGACUCACAAAUGGUCGACUUAAAUGUCCUUCACAAACUAGGACUUAAUAUUAUUAACAACACAAAGAGAAUCAAUGAUAUCUGGCAUUAACUUACAAGGAUUAAUCCAAAUUAUCCUAAAGCGCUAUAAAUUUACGGAAACUAUCUGGUUUAGAUUAAGAAUGAUACAUAAGAAGGUGAAGAUUUUCUUGGGCAAGCUUCAGCUAUGGGAAGACCUAGGUCUCUUGAUGAGCAUGUUAAUGACUUUGAGUUGAUGUUUGCGGAGGAUACAGCGAUUGUUGUAAUCAGUGGUAACAAAGACUCUCAAGCUAAGAUCAUGAAGACAAACAACGGAAUUACUAAGUUGUUUGGUUACAAUACAUUUGAAGUGCAUGGACACGAGGUUAAUAUUCUCAUGCCACCAAUUAUUGGAGUAAAACAUAACUACUUCCUUGAGCAAUUCUUUAAGACAGGAAAGGAGAGAGUCAUUAAUGCUGAUCUUUCAACAUUUGCUAUGUUAAGAGUUGGGCAUAUAUUCUCAAUUACUCUAAUUGUCAAACCAGUCCCAUCGCUAAAGAAUGAUAUUCAAUACAUUGGAUUAAUUAAACCAACCAACAAGGACUAUGACUUUAUUUUGACAGAUCAAUAUGGUAGAAUUGACUCAAUCUCGAAAGGCAUAACAUCAAUGCUUUAACUUUAAGCAACAUUCUUCAAGGAAAAUGAAAUUUUUAUCCAAGUUCUUUGUCCUUAACUCUGUGAGACUGAAAAGAUUAAGGGCAGCAAAGAUCAUGCUACUAAAUUCGAGUUAUGGCAAGGAGUGAAGGACUUGACCUUUAUAGUACCAAGGAAUUUCAGUAACUUAAGUUAAAAGAGCGGCUCCAGAGGUGCAGCAGGUGUUUCUGCUAUGUCUAAUAUAGGAAAUUAAAUGAAUAACAAUGAUGAUGAUGAAAAUAUUGGAGGCAAUAGAAGAGGUGAGCCAAGCUUUGUUGGUUUAAAGUCUCCUGAUCACUUGAAAAAAGUUUGCAACAUGUUUAGAAACAAUGAUUUCAAAACUGCACCUCAUAAGUAUCUAGCCACACUCAAGAAUAACAUUAAUUAUGAUAAUCCAGAAGUCUAUCGAGGGCCUAUAAAGACUGAGAUUAUUAAUAGAUCUCAUGGCAACGGCUAUCUUUAGCUAAAAGUUUAUAAGAUUUUAAACCCUAAAAGAGCUGGAACCACUGGAGAUUCUGACUCCGCCAGAGGAGUAGUUAAUGCAUAUGCAAACAAAAAUGUGAGAGUUAUGAUUGAUGAAGCUAACCGAAAGAUGGAAGAGCUAUCAUCAGAAGAUCUUGAAAAGAGAAUUCAGUAGAUGAGAUCUGCACUUGAGUCAGUCAAAAAAGGUCUGAGACAUCCAUCUGCUAAGCAGAAACCAUCUAAUAUUUCAACUCCUGGAGCUUAUGAAGAGGCUGAAAUUCAGAGGUUUGCCAGGGAAAUUAGAUAAUUGGAUGAGAAAUUGAGGUAAUUGAGGCAACGAGAGGAGUAAAAGUAGAGAGAGGAGGAGUAGGCUAUCGAAGAUAAGGCGAGUGACAGUGAAAGCGGCUCUAAUGUAGGCUUUGGUGCUCAAAAUAAAAAAGGUAAACAAUCUUUCUUUGGAUAGUAGCGCUAAAAUAAUGAUGUAGAGGAGAAAGAUUUCUUGUUGAAUGAGAGUGCAAACAUAGAUUAUGAGAGAAUCAAGAAUUAAUACCCUUUAAGAGAGAAUGCAAACUCCCAUCGUAAUGCCUCUGACUCUACUAUAAGAAAAGGACUGAAUAAUGAUAUGUCACCUUCUGCAAUAAACCAUCACGACAUUUCUGCUGUUUUGUAAGAUGACUCAAUGAUUCAAGAAAAAGGACUCUUGCAAGAUUAUCAAACUAAUGUGAGAGGUCAAAAUAGAGUGAUGAUCAAUUAAAACAAUGAUUUGUACGAUGAAGGGGACUUUGCUGCCAAGAACAUGAAAGAGGACGAUGAUAAGCUAGACUUACUUAAGGAUAUCAGGAAAAAAAUUGACCUUAAAAAGAAAACUAUCUCUAAAAAGGAAGAGGGCAAAGAGGGAGAGGAAGGAGCUGAAACUAAUGGUGAGGCUACUGCAGAAGGCACAGAUGAAGGCGAGGAUGAGAAAUUCCUGGAAGAAGAUACUGGGUCUGUUGCCUCAUCAACAAAGAGUCUCAUGAAACACCUUAGAAUGCUUAGAAAUGCUCUAUACGAGAAUUACUCACCUCCUUCUAUCAGAAAUCUGAAAUUUUAUGUCAAGAUUGUAUUCCUGGCAUUACUUAUUAUAACUAUAGUCUGGUAUAUACAGUCAAAGAAUAUAUACAAGCAGCUAAAAGAUAACAUAGAAAACAUUCAUUCGUCUAAGAAUCGAAUGAAUAGUUUGACUGACAUUGGGGCAGAUGUGCGCAUACUUUCAUUUAUAAACCAAGGAAGAGUAAAUAAGAACAGAGGUAAUCGUGAUUAUGAAGAUUUUAAAAGAAGAGAUUUGAUAACUUCAAGUACUUUGAUUCAGCAAGCUCAGAAUAACUUAUCGAAUACCUAUCUUAGAGAUGUCUUCAAGUCAAGUAACAAUGACAAGAUCAACCCUAACGACAUUUAACUUAUUUACAACACACCUUGUGCUAUGCCUAUGUUCUAUUAUGUGGAUAUUUGGUCUGCAAUAAUGAGUGUUGCAGUGCAUGCUCUGACUAUAAAAGAUAUGCCUUUAAAGCAAAUAACUAUGAAUGAUACCUCGGUAUUCUUUAUCAUUACCAAUUCAUUGAACAAUAUUCUAUCUGCUAUAUCAGAUUCAACCUAAGCUAUUUUGGAUGAGACUGAGAAUAUCUCCAAUACUGUUGACAAAACUUUACAAAUUUUACUCUAUGUUGCAAGUGGUUCACUUUUUAUAUCAAUAUGUCUAAUAUUCCCAGUAGCUACGAAGGUUGAUAAAAAUAAAGAUGAACUGCUUAGACACUUCAUGUUAAUAGACAGAGACGAUGUAAAGAGGUAACUAGAGAAAUGUAGAAUAUUCUUCAAUACAAUGCAUGACAAAGAGCAUGUUACCUAGCAGAAUAUGGGAGAUAUGGACGAUGAAGACUUCAAGGAUGAGGAGGGCAAGGAUGGUGAAGAUAACGAUCCAUCAAAUCCUAAUAAGGCCAAGAAGAAUCAGCGUCAGCGUUCAAGAAAGAACAAAAUGCACAAGAAGUUUUCAACUAAUUUCAUAUCACUUCUAAUAAAGUUCCUAAUCGUGCUAACAGUCCUUGAGGGCUAUUUCUUGCUUUGUUACUUGAGAUCAAUUACUUUCCUAAGUGUUAUUAAUAACUUAAUUUAGGAGAGUGGCACUAUCACUAUGAGGCAGUUCAGCAAUAAUUUCCUGUACUAAAUUAUGCAGGAAGUAUUGACUACUAAUGGUGUUGCUCAAGUUAAGAAUAUCAAUUCUCUCACUUACAUAUUUACCUUCCUUAACUAAACAAUCCAAGAACAAGAGCAAUUCUUGAAAACUCACUCAAACAAUGCACCAUACCACUCAGACCAAUUCAAUAGUUUCUUCGACUUACUUAUAUAUCAAAACGUCUGCCAAGCAGUCUACAUUCAAGAUUCUUCUACAUCAACUGAAUGUGGCAACUUCAUGGGUGGUAUCUUGAAGAAGGGUCUUUACUCAGCUAAUGUUGCCUAUUGGGAUAACAUGAGAUCAAUGGCUACUGACUUUAAUAAUUCAGUCAGAGACCAGAAAUCCAUUGACAGCAUUCUAAACUCGGAUAGACUUAUCUAAAACGAGAACUUGAAGGACAUAUACUUCGCCGACUCCUAUUCAAUGUUGCUCACUUAACUUGAUCUUUCCAUUCUACAGAGCUUUGACAAUAAGGAUAAGGAGGAUACUAUCUUAUUUGCUGUUUACAUUGUCAUACUCUUCCUCCUCUACUUUAUACUUUGGAACAAGUUUAUUGAGUCAACUAGACAUUCACUCUGGGUUACUAAAAGUAUGCUGGCUAUUAUCCCUCUGGAAAUCAUUCAGAAAGUGCCUAAAAUCAAGGACUUCUUGUUGGCUUCCUCUAAAAACACCCUUAGUGCCUUUAAGGAUUGA